UUGUGGAUUUGAUCAAGAGACUCGAAAAAAAUGUGAGAACUGAGAAGUAAAGAGCAGAAAAGAUCAGAACUCUUUUUUGGGAAGAAAAUAUGAGAGCCACAACAAUUCAAUAAUUCAGAUGGGGAUAAGGGUUCAAGAAUUUGUUUCCACAAAAAAAAAAAAUUUUGUGGUAUCUUUACUAGCUCUCUAUCAUAACACAUAGCCAUGGAGUCAUGUGCAGAGGCUACACAGCGGAUUGCUAGGAUAUCAGCUCAUCUCCUCCCUCCCAAUUUCCAGAUGGAGGGAAGUUCUGUUCUGAAGAGGGCUGAUUGCCGGGCUAAAGGAGGGGCACCUGGGUUCAAGGUGGCUAUUUUGGGUGCUGCUGGAGGCAUUGGCCAACCUCUUGCUAUGCUAAUGAAGAUGAACCCUUUGGUCUCAGUUCUUCAUCUCUAUGAUGUUGUGAAUACACCUGGUGUUACUGCCGAUAUUAGCCACAUGGACACUGGUGCUGUGGUUCGUGGUUUCCUAGGGCAGCCACAACUUGAGAAUGCUCUUACAGGCAUGGAUCUUGUAAUCAUACCUGCUGGUGUUCCAAGGAAGCCAGGAAUGACUAGGGAUGAUCUUUUCAACAUCAAUGCUGGGAUUGUCAGAACCCUUUGUGAAGGAAUUGCCAAGUCCUGCCCCAAAGCAAUUGUCAAUUUGAUCAGUAAUCCAGUUAAUUCUACAGUUCCAAUUGCAGCUGAGGUUUUCAAGAAAGCCGGGACUUAUGACCCAAAGCGACUUUUGGGAGUUACAAUGCUUGAUGUUGUGAGAGCAAACACUUUUGUGGCAGAAGUUCUGGGACUUGAUCCUAGGGAAGUUGACGUUCCAGUUGUUGGAGGCCAUGCAGGAGUUACAAUUUUACCCCUUUUGUCGCAGGUUAAGCCUCCUUGCUCCUUCACGCCGGAAGAAACUGAAUACCUGACCAAACGUAUUCAAGAUGGUGGAACAGAAGUUGUUCAGGCAAAAGCUGGGAUCGGCUCGGCAACACUGUCAAUGGCAUAUGCAGCUGUUAAAUUUGCAGAUGCGUGCCUUCGUGGCUUGAGAGGAGAUGCUGGUGUUGUGGAAUGCUCUUUUGUAGCUUCUGAGGUGACAGAACUCCCUUUCUUCGCAACAAAGGUACGACUUGGUCGUAAUGGAGCUGAGGAAAUCUUUCAACUUGGCCCCCUUAACGAGUAUGAGAGAAUUGGGUUGGAAAAGGCGAAGAAAGAGUUGGAAGCAAGCAUUCAGAAAGGAGUUUCCUUUAUCAGGAAAUAGUUUCAUAUUCAAGGAAAAGCUUAUCAUGUAAAUUUAUCGAGUGCUUGUAGGGAACUUGUAUGAUUUUGUUUAAAAACGGAAAUCCUCUUUAUAA